GAGGUUCCGUGACGUAGCAGUCAGCUGUUUGAACCGUUCUAAUGAUUGAGCAGUGGGAUGAAGCACAAAUCGUCAUAACACCGGCAGAGCCUGUCCUGUACACUACACUGUGCAUCUACCUCAAGCUUUAUCUGUACGGUGACCGCUGCAGAGGACGGGCUACUUUAACCAAGCCAUACAGAGACUGGAUGUUUACACUUCCUUCCAGUGGACUCUGCUGACGUUGCAGGACUGCACUUACCUGCUGUUUUUAGUUUACCGUCCCUUCAGCUUCCACUUCCAGACGUUGCACCCACCCCUUUUUUAUAUCCAAAAUCAUGUUCCAGCGACUUACUAGACUCUUCUUCAGUGAAGAACCAGCUGACAAUCCAGUGGAACCAAAACAUUUUGUAACAGAGGAAGAGGAUGACGGUUGGCUCAUUAUUGAUAUUCCUGAUAGCUUUGCUUUGACCUCAAGUGAGGAUGGGGUGGUACAAGAGCAGGAGGAAAGCCUUGCCCCCUGCCCAUUGUCCCACUCCCUUGCUGAGCGAGUAGGCUGGUCCAUCCCUCCUCACCCACCCCAUUCGAUGGACGAGAGCUGGUUUGUUACCCCUCCCCCCUGUUUUACUGCAGAGAGCUCCGGGCCUAGUGUGGUGGGAAGCAGUCCUCUAGAAGACCUGCUCAUAGAGCACCCAAGCAUGUCUGUGUAUAUCACCAGCGGGAGCAUCGUGGUGGAACGGGAGCCUUCCGAAAUAACCAGAGACAGGUCUCCGUCCAAGACAAGAGUGGAACGUCGCACUUCUCACCACACAAGCUCUGUCACUGCCAAAGCUGCCAUUUUGGGAAAAGUAGGCCAAGUGUCCCGUAUACAGCGUGCCAAGGCUCUGGUGGACAAACGUAAACUAGGCCGCAAGAACCUGCAAAGGCAAAAUCUAGCGCGGGAGUUCCAUGGUCGAAACGCUACACGGCACCAAAACUUCAUGUGCCAACCCCGACAGCGACAGUACAACCACUGAAACCGACUUCAUUGUUUACAUGAUUGUGGGCAUUAUCUCUAACCAGAGUCCUUUACUCCUGACUCCUGGGUUGGCAUCACUUUCCCUUUUUUCUGUCCCCCCAACUCAAAGAGAAGUUUGCUCUUUGGUAAUAAGCUCCACAAUACACUGAAUACUGAAAGUAACCAACAUUUUUUAUAUGAGAAUAUAACACCUGGCUUAAGAAAUGUUUCACUUUGACUGUUAAGGAGUUAAUGCUUUUUGUCUGUGUAACUUACCCUUUUUGUAAGUUAAGGGUUAAUAGCCGUCCCAUUCAAGAUUCAAGAUCUGGAUUUUAUCCCCCCUCUUUAUUUGCAAUAGCCAUUUCACUGCUAGGUGCUCUGAGGGUCUUUACCAGUGAAAUUGCUAAUGCAGAAACAUAGCAUUAUUGCUUUCAAUGUUUUUAGUAUGAUUUUAAGAAUGUUGUAUUUAUUCUUUUUCUUGCCUUCUACUCUGACACUGUAGGCAUGUGAACCUCUAAAUAUAUAUAUA